AAAUAGAAUAUCUCGAUGCAUUAGGAUUAUUUGAUUCUUCAGAAAUUGCUGAGUCUAUUCUAUCACCAGAAGCUGAAAGAAAAUAUCUCGAAGCAUUAGGAAUAUUAGAACCUAUUCCGCAAUUUCAUCAAAUGGAUAUUAUUAGUUCAGGAU